AUUUUUCUUUUCAUUGAAUUUUUUCAAUUUAUUAAAUUUUUUGAGGAAAGAUUAUGGCGAAUCAGUCACAGCAGGAUGGAACACCAGAGCAGAAGGCCAUCGAUGACUGGCUUCCUAUCACCUCCUCCAGGAAUGCAAAAUGGUGGUACUCAGCAUUUCACAAUGUCACCGCCAUGGUUGGAGCUGGUGUCCUCAGUCUUCCUUAUGCGAUGGCUGAACUUGGAUGGGGUCCUGGAAUUGCCAUCCUGGUUUUGUCAUGGAUCAUAACAUUGUAUACGCUGUGGCAAAUGGUUGAAAUGCAUGAAAUGGUGCCUGGAAGGAGGUUUGAUAGGUACCAUGAACUGGGCCAAUAUGCAUUUGGUGAAAAGCUUGGGCUGUGGAUAGUGGUGCCCCAGCAGCUUAUUGUGGAAGUUGGUGUGAACAUUGUGUACAUGGUGACUGGAGGAAAAUCUCUGCAGAAAUUCCAUGACACAGUCUGCCCCAGCUGCAAACCGAUCAAGUCCUCUUACUUCAUCGUCAUAUUUGCUUCUGUCCACUUUGUUCUAUCUCAUCUCCCUAACUUCAACUCCAUUUCUGUCGUUUCACUCGCAGCUGCAGUCAUGUCUUUAAGUUACUCAACAAUAGCUUGGACCGCUGCACUGGGCAAAGGGGUGAAGCCGGAUGUGGACUAUUCAUACAAGGCAAAAACCAACACAGGAGUUGUCUUCGACUUCUUCAGCGGAUUGGGAGAAGUAGCUUUUGCAUAUGCAGGACAUAAUGUGGUUCUGGAGAUCCAAGCAACAAUUCCCUCAACGCCUGAGAAGCCAUCAAAGGGACCAAUGUGGAAAGGAGUUGUUGUUGCAUAUAUUGUUGUAGCUUUGUGUUACUUCCCAGUCGCCAUUGUUGGUUUCUACAUUUUCGGAAACACUGUGGAUGAUAACAUCCUCAUCACCCUGGAGAAACCCGCUUGGCUUAUUGCUCUAGCUAACAUGUUUGUUGUUGUCCAUGUCAUUGGAAGCUACCAGAUAUAUGCAAUUCCAGUGUUCGAUAUGCUUGAAACUUUCCUGGUGAAGAAGUUGCGCUUCUCACCUUCCUUCUUUCUUCGCCUUGUUACCCGAACUACAUAUGUUGCGUUUACAAUGAUAGUGGGUAUAUGUGUUCCUUUCUUUGGUUCGUUGCUGGGAUUCUUUGGAGGAUUUGCUUUCGCCCCAACAACAUAUUUUCUUCCCUGCAUCAUGUGGCUUGCCAUUUGCAAACCAAAGAGAUUUAGCUUGUCUUGGAUCAUAAACUGGAUCUGCAUAAUUCUGGGGCUUCUGUUGAUGAUUCUGUCACCCAUUGGUGGGCUAAGAUCAUUGAUCAUUUCUGCCAAAAACUAUGAAUUUUUCUCAUAAAUUGCGAGGUGGGAUGGAAGAGAUGAAGCUGCUUUCAGUAGAUGAAGAUGAGGAAAACGUUGGGUUGAGGCAGAAUUGGCUGUACUGUACACGAGACUUGCUAAGUGGAGAAUUUUAUAGCUUGAGUCAAUAAUAAUUUUACUGAAAGUGUAUGUAUGUUGACACCUACCUAGUCAUCUGUCAAAUAACAUUCCAGAAUCCAGAGCCCUCCUUCUUUCACUACUUUGUACCCUAUCA